AUGUGGCGUAACGUGAUUCUUUUCUCUGUUCAAAAGAAAGUUAAGUCUGUCAGCAAUGCUCAUUAUGUAUAUCUAUGUCUGUUUAGAUGGGGCUACACAUGCUGUUACUAUAGGACUUUCAACAGGAUCAGCACUUCUAUUUCUGAUGUUGAUGGCAGUGUCCUACCGUUUUCGCAAUUUCGUGAGAUGUGACAGGAUGAAUAAAUAUGAUCUCCCUGCGGCCUUCCCUCUACCUGACAGUGUGGAGGAACACAAAGAUGACCACGCUGUCGAGUACCAUGGGUAUUGUGAAAUACUGGAGGACGACGACAACAGGAGUCACCAGCCUAUCAUGAACCCAGAAGAAGGAAGUGAUUCUCCAAUGCCUGUUUUGGCAGAUUGUUUCCCAGCAGCAGGACACGGAGGUGGAGGAAGAGGAGGAGCAGGACCAGGUCCAUCAAACACCCGACAAGUGCGGGAUGUCUGUGAGGAUGACACAAAACACUGUCGUCAACUACAUAUCGCCAGCUGA